UUUGGCAAGUAGCCUAACAACCCCAGAAUAGACACUGGGAUAUUGUGGAUUGUUGGUUUCGUGCGCUUUAUGUUGUAUUUCACAUUCGAAAUGGCAGAAGAGAUAUUGCUGAUCGCGGGUGUUGUGAUUGCGGUGCUGAUGUUAUUUCGUAUGUAUGUACGCGGAGCGCGAUGCAAAAGUAAGGCAAAACUGCAUGGCAAGACGGUCAUCGUUACAGGUAGUAACACGGGCAUCGGUAGAGCCACAGCAGUGGAUUUAGCGCGAAGAGGGGCGCGAGUCAUUCUGGCCUGCCGUAACCAAAUACGCGGAGGGGCUGCUGUCGCUAUUGUGCAAAGAGAAAGUGGGAGUAAAAAUGUGGUGUUCAUGCAGCUGGAUUUGGCCAGUUUGAAAUCAGUGCGCUCCUUUGCAGAAACUUUUCUCAAGACCGAGAGAAGACUGGAUAUUCUCAUCAACAAUGCAGGAGUUUAUAUGCAGGGCACUACUGAAGAUGGUCUUGGUCUUAUGUUUGGUGUUAAUCACCUUGGUCACUUCCUUCUGACUAACCUGUUAUUGGACCGAUUGAAAGAGUGUGCACCAAGCCGCAUCGUCACCCUAUCUUCAUAUUUACAUGAUUAUGGUAACCUUGACUUUGACAGGCUUCGCACUCACAAGGAGUUUGGAGUAGGUGAGUCUGUUGUGAGUGUCUUCCGGAUAUAUUCACACAGCAAACUGUGUAAUGUGCUCUUCACACAUGAGCUCGCAAAGAGGCUACAAGGAACCAGCGUGAACUGUUACAGCCUCCACCCAGGUGCUAUAAACUCUGAUCUCACCCGUAAUAUGAAUAAAAUGUCCAGGAGGUUGUUGAAACCCAUCGCAGCUCUGUUCUUUAAGGAUGUAGAGGCCGGUGCCCAGACGACUCUACACUGUGCUGUGCAGGAGGGCAUCGAAUCCCUGAGUGGCAGGUAUUUCUCAGACUGUGCUGUGCAGAAAGUGAAGGCCAAGGCUAAAGAUGAUGCUGUGGCCAAAAAACUGUGGGAAGUGAGUGAGACAUUAUGCGGUCUGUCCUGAAUCCCCUCAGAUACUUGCACACAGUAUAUGUUGCACUCACUGCAUACAUUGCAGGUGUAAUAACGUCAGUGGCGGCUCGUGGGUUUUAAAAUAGAGGCACACUAAUUGUACUGGUUUGGGGAUCCCUGCUCAUUAUUAUCAUUAUUUG